AUGGCGGCCGAAAAUAUCAAGAAGCUAACAGCAUCUAGAGGAAAAUGCAAGGCGUCCAUGACGAAAAUGGAAAAGUUCCUACAACAAGAUCCUCAACUAUUUACAAUGGAGAGUUUGACGACGAGGAAAACAUCACUGCACGCUGUUUUUCAAAAAUACCAAGACAUCUGUGUUCAAUUGGCAGUUUUAGAUCCUGAGCACGACAAAGACGACUUGGACGAUGAUACAGAAGAUCGAUUUUAUAAUAUCAUGACGGCUUUGGAGUGUGCUAUAAAUGUAAUCAAUACAACAGCACAACAAAAUACGCACGCAGCAGAGGGCAGCGGGAAGGCUGCGCGCUUGCCUUCGUUAGACAUACCCGUCUUCGACGGGCGGGACGUCGCGGUUUACAAGUCAUUCAUCGAGAUGUUUGAGGCUGUAGUACAUCGUGACACGCGAAUACCUGUCGUUCAGAAGCUGUGCUUUCUAAAGAAAUACUUAAAAGGCGAGCCGCUGCAACUUAUCGACAACUUGCCCAUAAUUGGAGCUUCAUAUGACUCUGCGCUAGAACUACUCAAGAAGCGGUAUGAUAACCCAGCAUUAAUCAUCAGCAGCCACGUCAAUGCGCUCCUGGACAUCCCAGUGCUGCACCGGGGCACCGCUUUGCAGCUGCGAGACAUUGUGGCCAAGGUCCGGCAACAUCUCACCGCGUUACAAAACCUUGAGCAGCCAGUCACAUCAUGGGACGCCAUCCUGGCCUGCAUCUUGUUAAGAAAAUUAGAUUCUUUCACGGUGAGAUUGUACCACUCCGAGAGGGACAACAGCGAGCAACACACUGCGACAUUUCCCUCCUUCUGGCAGCAGACAUUUUCUGCAGAAUAAUACAAGACGGGAAGGUUGAGGCAGGCCCUGAGGAUCCAGUGUUGCUGAACACGCGCCUUGGAUACAUCGUCUCUGGCAGAGUGAGUGUGAGUCCAUCAUGCAAUUUUAAUACAGUCGCUAUGCAUACAAUGAUUAAUCCUGAUCUUGACUCUUGUGUAAAGCAAUUUUGGGAGGCCGAGAAGGUCCCUGAAGUGUAUCCUGAGAGUGUGCCGGAGCAUCAGUAUAGUGAAAAGGUUUUUCAGAAACAACCUCAUUGUUAGAGGAUCGCUUUGAGGUUAGUUUCCCAUUAAAAGUAGAUUUAACUGAAAUAGAUCCUUCCAAUUCAUUUGUGAUUGCCUUGCAAAGAUUAAAUAAUCUUCAAAAAAGGUUUGCAAGGGAACCUGAGUUUCAUAACUUAUACAAACAAUUCAUACAGGAAUACCUUGAUCUAGGUCACGCCAAAGUAAUUGAUCUAAAAGACUGUGAUCCUACAGAGCAACCGGUGUUUUACCUUUCACAUCAUGGAAUUCUCCGGCCCGACAAAGCUACAAAUAAGCUCCGGGCUGUGUUUGAUGGUAGUUUCAAAACUAAGGCAGGCCACAGUCUAAAUGACUAUUUAUGCAAUGGCCCUGUAGUACAAAAUUCAUUAUUUGACAUCAUGAUGCUUUUUCGCACAUACAAAUACACGGUGCAAUGUGACAUACGUCACAUGUACCGCAUGAUAUCUAUGCACCCUGAGCAUAGACGCCUACAAAACAUUUUGUGGCGGGCAGAUGACACUUUACAGUGCUUACAAUUACAAACAAUAACUUAUGGAUUAAAAAGCAGUGCCUACCUUGCCACAAAGUGUCUUGUAGAGCUAGCAAAAAAAUAUAAGAUUCAAUAUCCACUGGCCAGUGAAGCUAUCAUCAACAACAGCUAUGUAGAUGAUGUGCAGGGUGGCUCAGAUACACUUCACGGAGCUUUACAACUAAAAAGUGAGCUUAUUUCUCUCAUGAGCAAAGGCAACUUUCAAUUACAUAAAUGGAUUUCCAAUGAGUCAGAGAUAUUGGAAGAUAUCCCACAAGAAAAAAUUGACCUUGCCAACCAGGAUAUUGAUCAGGAUAAAUCCAUUGUUAAGAUCUUAGGACUAUCUUAUGAUGCCAGAGAGGAUGCAUACAAAAUGAGUGGCCGUGUACUCACCUCCCCUGAGGUGCCCACUAAAAGAAAUGUACUGAGUUCUAUCAGCAGACUCUAUGAUCCAAUGGGCUUCCUCGGACCUUUAACCGUCAAGGCAAAGCUUAUUUUACAACAGAUUUGGCAAUACAAUUUAGAAUGGGACACUCCCCUGCCACCUGAAUUAGUAAAAAUUUGGCAGACAUUCUAUAUUAAUUUGGUUAACAUGCCUAUCAUGACUAUACCGCGAUAUAUAAAUGUGU